CCAUACUUAUGAAUUAGGGUUACUUAAAACUCAGCCCAUACUAGGUCCAAAAUGACUGUAACUAACCUACGCCUCCAAACCAGCUCUCAAAAACUUGUGCCUCAAUUUUGUUUUGCACAAUAAUUAAGUUUUUUCAGAAGAAAACACAUGAUGAUGGGUAGAGAAAGCUCAAAACAGGCUCGUUAUCCCAUAAGGUUGAUACUUAGAUUGAACAGUGAUAGAUUAAGCCAAUUACCUGAUCCUUUGAUAUGUCAGAUACUUUCUCAUCUUCCCAUAAAGGAGACUGUCACGACAAGCGUUUUAUCCACCAGAUGGAAGAAUCUCUGGCUUAAGGUUCCUAGUUUGGAAUUGAUAUUUUCGAUAUUCCCAAAUUUCAAUGCCUUUAAGAGUUUUGGUGAUAGGUUUUUCGAUUCCAAUAGGGUUUCUAGCAUCCACAAUCUUAAGUUAUAUUUUGAUGAACAUGAUGCAUCUUAUCUCACAUCAUGGAUCGAUGCCUUUGUUACGCGUAACAUCCAACGUCUAUAUGUUCAUCGUGUUCGUGGGAAUUAUUUUCAUGAGCUGCCCUUAACCCUUUAUGUAUGUGAUACAUUGGUAUCACUAAAACUCUUUCAUCUGACUUUGGUUAACCCCGAGUUUGUGUCUUUACCUUGUCUGAAAAUCAUGCAUCUAAACUAUGUUCGGUUUCCUAAUGUUGCCACUUUUGAGAGACUUGUCGCUUCUUGCCCUGUCUUAGAAGACUUAAAGAUUGAUGUAUUAUGGAAUGAUGGAAGAGUCUAUCGGGUGCAAUCUCGUUCACUGAAGAGGCUCCGUUUACUACGAAGUUCUUCGAUGGUGUUUGAUUCUGUUCCGGGAGUUGUUAUUGAUGCUCCUCUACUAUGCUAUUUGAGAAUCAGUGAUAGUGUAUCAGAAACCUAUAUAGUAAAUAAUCUGGAGUCCAAUGCCAAGUUAGAUAUUCAUCUCGACUUUGGUUCUGAGGAUUUUGGCGAAACAAGCGUUUCAUGGAGGAGUUUUCUGCCGGCAAUCUCGGAGGUCAUGGAUCUGACGAUAUGUGAAAACAAUUUCAAGGUCAUUCAUCACUAUUCCAAUCUAGCACCGCUGCCUCAAUUUGAUAACAUGUCCCGCUUACAUGUUACUCUCCGUGUAUCCGAAUUAAAAUGGUUGCCAAAUUUUCUUGAGUAUUGCCCGAAUCUGAAAUCCCUCAUUGUGGCUUUUAAUGGUGACUUUGAGAAGAUGGGUUCUGAGGAGAUGAAUCAAAUAAGUUUUCUGCUCGGGAUGACGAGGAUCGUGGAUAUGACGAUAUUCAUGUACACUUCCAAGGUCAUUCGUCACUAUUACCUAUUCGAACCACUGCCUCAUCAGUUUGGUUACAUGUUUGGUUACAUGUCCCACAUGCAUGUUACUCUCUCUAUGUCCCUUAUAAAAUGGUUACCAAUAUUUCUUGAGAGCUGCCCCAAAUUGGAAUCUCUAGUCUUGGUAUUUUUGGGUAGUGAGAAGAUAAAUCAACUAAGUUUUUCAUCUGUUAAUCCUAAGUGUCUGCUAUCGUCGCUCCAGUUUGUUGAAUUGGAUGCCCAAAUCAUGGGAUUUGAUGAUGAACUACUGAAUCUGGCGAAAUACUUCUUAGAGAAUUCAUCUAUCCUCCAAAAAAUCACUGUACAUCGAAACAGGCAUGGUUCAACAUAUGAGGGGUUGAUAAACAAAUUCCGAAGACGCUCUAGGAUUUGCCAAGUCAUCCUCAUCUGAUUUGUAAAAGCUUAGAGAGAGCAUGUGAAAUUCUUGCUACACAAGAAAUUCCAGGUUUCGGAAUCUGCGUUGUUUAUGCAAUGAAGUUUGUCCCUUAAAUCUCUACAAUCUUUUUCUUCACCAUAUAAUUGGCUUCUCCAAUAGAGUUACUUCAAUAUGAAUCAUUAAUGAAAAUGCUUAGCAAAAUGUAUAAAAGAAACUUGAAAUAUAGAUAACAACAUUAGGAUGAAAUAUAAUGUAAUGCUUAUUUAUUACGAAUUUGAAUGUUCCACCAUCACUCAACGCAUGUUUUAUUGCUACACUUUCGUUUUUUUUUUUUCUUUAGUAUUGAUUCACUUUUGUGUCUUGUAUAUUACCCAGUUCUAUGUUACUAAAAAAAGGCCUUUUACACUCCGUUUCUUUUUAAGCAUUUGACAGUGUCUUCGUCAAUCUAUUACGAAGUGCUCUAUAAUAAUGAACUGGAAUUCUGAAUAUGAGUGACCCGUGGUUUCAUUCCCGUCCAGACACCGAUCUCUGCUUCCGGUUAAAGCUUCGCCGGGACCAGUUUCUUUGUUUCUGUUUUUAGUAACCCAUGGUUAUGUAAGGGCCAUAACCCAAGCCUAUUUGUGUUGAAUCAAUAUUUUUAGAGAUGUACAU